AUGAGCUGUGGCUACUGUCACUUACCGCUUCGCAAAUUCUAUUGUGCUGAUUGCAUGCAUGACAAAAAACUGAAAAAUCUACAAGAAUUGGAUACAAUAGUGCCUGAGCGAGAUAGCGCAGUCGCAGCAGCUACCGCAUACUUUGAACAGACAGCCUACGUGCAACAAUUGAUAGCAGAAAAGAACAAACGAGCAACCCAUGUAGAAUCGCUUAGACACAACCAAAUUUGUUUGUUGGAGGAAUGCAACAAAAAAAAACAGCUGAUAAAAGAUCUGCAAGAUCGAAUCAAGGAGAAACGAUUGUUACUUCAAGACGCUUCAAAACGGAAAUCACAAGCGCCAAAGACAUUGGACAAUGCAGCUGUAAUAAAGCAUUGGCAAAGAACGCAUAAGAUGACGGUUGGAACUCGACGCAUUUUGGUGAAAGAAACUACAUCAUUGUUUGAACUGAAACCUGGUGUAGUCGAAGAGCCAGAAUUGUCCAUGUUUUCUGCUGCUACUAUGAAUCCUGCUUCUGCUUCUAUGACUGAUGUCAAUAGCAUGUUGCAUCAAUCAGUUGAAUUGCCACCAUUCAGUCCAGCAUCGUCAUCCAUACCUAUGGAAACGAAAGAAGAUCUAUAUAUAUGUGGAGUUACACUUCCUACCAGAUUGAUUGACGUGUCCAAAUAUCCCAAAGAAGAGCUCAAUGCACCGAUAGGCCUGGUAGUUCACAUGCUUGGUUUGAUUGUCCGCUAUCUAGGCAUCAAGUUACCCUUCCUCAUCAUGCAAAAAGGUACAAGACCUUACAUCCGUACCAUUAAAGGUAGUAUACAGCUGUGGCAUAGUGAUAGAAAAAUGCCAUUGUUUCUUGAAGACGAUGACAAGAAUUUCAAAAAGUUUGUGAACGGCAUGGCCAUGUUGAAUUACAACCUCGCCUACCUAUGCUAUACCCAGAAUAUCAAGAUACCAGUGAGCCAAACAGCCAACACAUUGCAGAGUUUAAUGGCUUGUUGCCGAGCAUCAGAUUUGGGCAUUCAAUCACACGCCUUAUAUUACCACAACUUGCGAGAUGUCAAGUUCCCAAUCGAAUUUCAGCACAUCUUGCACGCCACAAAGCUUCGUUAUCGAUGCAGUAGCAGUGCCAGUAAUAGUAGCACACAUGCCAACAACAGCAAUAGCGGUAACACCAGUGUGAGUCCAAGUAGAGUGACAUCCAACAACGAGCUGCACGAUGAUUUCUACAGAGUACGCUCCUUCAACAGCAGUAGCCGGCACGAUGAUUACGAUCAGGAUGAAUAUACUGGUAUAUACAUCGACAGUGAUGAUGACAGUAACAGCCAACUUAUCUCACAGCAACAGUAUUACGAGCAACAGCAACAGCAGCUACAACAAAAUCAACAGCAACAGUCAUCUCAAACCGAAACGUGGAGUCUUGUAGAGGUUGCACCAUUUUUAUGA